GAUUAAAGAACAUAAACACAGUGCCACCAAACAUACCACUGGUCGAAAUGGGUAUGGAUUCGAUGAUGGCAGUUGAAAUUAAGCAAACGUUGGAAAGAGAGUUCGAUAUUUCCUUGACAGCGCAAGACAUUAAAACUCUAAGUUUUGCUAAACUUCGACAAAUGACAAUUACAACAGAACAAGGAAAGAUACACGAUACAAAUAAAAUUGAGCCGAGUAAUUUAGAAGACUUUGAUAUGCUGAUUCGAAAAAUGAAAGAUGCAGACUUUGUUCCAGAUAUUCUUGUAGAAUUUGUUACCAAGAAAGAGGUUGAUCGAGGCAAUAUAUUUCUUUUACCAGGAAUUGAAGGAUGUUCAAGCGUAUAUAAAACUGUGGCAUCAGGAAUUAAAUCUUCGGCAACGUGUUUGCAACACGAUGUACUUAAUAUUCCUGAUGAAAGUCAUUCAGUGAUGAAAUCAGCCGCUUAUUUGCUGCCUCACAUAUUAAAGAAAAUGAAAGAUCAAAAGAAAUUUCUAAUAGUGGGUUAUUCGUUUGGAUCUUUAAUUGCCAUUGAAUUAGCAAGAUUAUUAGAAGCUAAAGAUUUCUUAGGACGUUUAAUAUUAAUAGACGGAGCUCCCGAUCAAAUAAAAUUUUGGACUAAUCAAUAUUUGGACUGUACUUCGCCAGAUGAGUUACAAAAUGUGAUAUUACUUCGUUUAUUGGAAAUGUACACUAUAAUUAACAAGAAAAAG